AUCGUGGAAAUACAAAACCUUUUCAUGAAGUCUAUAGAUCAUAUUAACAGUCUUUCUUUAAAAUGAAAAUUUUGUUAGAGCUCAAAAUACAGACCAGCAUACAGAGGAGGAAGAGGAGAACCAUAUUGAAUGCCCAAAGACAUGUGAAGCUUGAAGCUGGAAGAUUUAUAAGGGUGGAGAAAGAAGAAAGAUGCCAGCAGUUUGGUGGAAGAGGUCAUUUCACUGUAAAUCAGAAACCGGAGAUGUGCAUGAUCCAAUUACAAGUGGUAAAAAUCUGAGCAAGAUAUCAAGUACUAGGAAGCCAACAACCAGGUCUGGUUGUUCAAGGUCUAUUGCAAAUAUUAAAGAUGUUAUUCAUGGAAGCAAGAGACACAUGGAGAACCUACACCUGCAAAGCCCGAGAUCUGUUGGAAGUUGUGAACUCUUGAAUCCAAUUACUCAUCAGGUUGUGCUUAAUGACUCAUCUUGUGAACUCAAGAUUACUGGUUAUUGUUUCCAAAAUGACAAAGGGAGUGGCAAUGGUUCAGCCUUUGUGGGCACUAUUAAGCCAGGUACACCUGUCCCUGUAACUGGAAGCCAUUGCAGUAUACCACCCAGAAAGCCAAUAGGGUCAGAUAGUCCUCUCAGAAAAGGCUCAUCUAAUAACCAAUUAAGGAGGGCAAGGUCAAGGUUUGGUUCUAGGUCUGGGGCCAGCACUGGAGGAGAUUCAAAUGAUUCUCAGCCUUCGACUUGUCACAAAUGUGGUGAGCAAUUCUCAAAAUGCGAAGCUGUUGAAUCCCAUCAUCUCUCCAAGCAUGCUGUUACACAACUUGUUGAAGGAGAUUCUUCAAGGAACAUUGUAGAAAUGAUCUGCAGAACCAACUGGUCAUCAAAGUCUGAUAACAACAACAACAAGGUUAGCGAUGGGAUUGAAAGGAUCUUGAAAGUGCACAACAUGCAGAGAACACUAACACAGUUCGAAGAAUAUCGUGAAAUGGUAAAGACCAAAGCCAACAAACUUGCCAAGAAACACGCUCGUUGCCUAGCUGACGGAAAUGAGCUACUGAGAUUCCAUGGCACAACCCUGGAAUGCUGUUUAGGCAUGAAACACUGCUCAGGCCUAUGCACCUCGGACAAAUGUGGUGUUUGCCAGAUUUUGACACAUGGGUUCAAAAUCAACGGCGGGAUCGGAGUUUUCACAGCUUCCACAAGUAGCAGAGCACUUGAAGCCAUCAAAUUGAAGAAUGACAGGAAUCCAGGUGUGAGGAAGGCUCUCAUAGUGUGCAGAGUGAUAGCAGGCAGGGUGCAUAAACCACUGGAGAAUGUUGAAGAAAUUGCUGGCCAAUCAGGUUUUGACUCUUUAGCUGGUAAAGUAGGCUUGAACUCUAGUAUUGAAGAACUCUUUUUACUCAGCCCCAAGGCUUUGCUUCCUUGCUUCGUUGUCAUCUGCAAACCAUAAAACAGUUUCGGAAGUCCAAUUUGAUUGUAAUUUCUCAGGAACACUAGUCAAUUUUUCAUUUUCUCUUUAUCUUUGUAAUAAUACCGAUUUAUAACCUUUUUU